AUGCCUGUUGUAGAUGAUGACCUAAUUGUUUAUGGAGUAAGACUUCUUAUACCCAAGAGUCUUCGGCGGGAAACUCUUGAAUGUCUUCAUGAUGGUCAUCAGGGAAUAGACCGCACAAAAAGGAGGGUGCGCCAGACUGUUUACUGGCCUAAAAUUGACAGAGAUAUUGAGAACAUGGUUUCUUCUUGUAUCAAAUGCCGUCCUCCUCUACAAAAUCAAAGGAAUGAACCUCUAUGGCAAGAAGAUAUACCAAGUAGUGUUUUUGAAUCCGUAUCUACGGAUUAUUUUCAUGUCAUAGGUCGUACUUAUCUUGUUUAUAUUGACAGGUUGUCUGGAUGGCCUUGUGUGUCUUCGUGUCAGGGUAUAGCUUCUGCAGCCAAUCUAAUACGGUCACUGAGGGCUAUAUUUUCAGAUACUGGUGUUCCUGCUUUGUUGAAAACUGAUGGAGGACCACAGUUUGCUUCAUCAGCUUUGAGACGUUUUUUUUUAUCUCGCUGGGGAGUAGAACAUCGCAUUACUUCGCCAUAUCAUCCGAAGGCAAAUGGACAUGCAGAAGCAUCAGUGAAAAUUAUCAAGAAGCUGAUUAUGACUACUGCUAAGAAUGGGAACCUGGAUACGGAUGAAUUUGCCCGUGGAAUGUUGGAGCUUAGGAAUACACCUCGUGCUGAUGGCAGAUCACCAGCUCAAGUUUUAUUUGGUUAUCCCCUCAGGUCUUGUUUUCCAACACAUCGUCGCUCAUUUGCCAAAGAUUGGCAAAAGAAAGCAGAGGAAUGUGUUGUUAAAGCAGAGUAUUUGCGAAGUCAGGCGAAGCAACGAUACAACAGUACUCGCAGACCCCUUUCUCAUUUGAAAAUGAUCAAACCACAGGACUUUGGAACCGCCCAGGUGUUGUUGUCGGCAUUGUCCCCAGGCGAGAUUAUCUCAUAA